GGGAGGACCAGCACUACAAGGGGAUACAACUACUGGUGCUACAAACUACAGAAAUAUCAAACUGGAAACCGUAAAGUCGCUUCCUCCAAGAGACCGUUCCAGCACUUCUUCAUCCAGCACUUCUUCAUCUUCUUCAGACCACCAUGGUUCGUCGCAAAAAGGACGCGAACAAGAACAAGAAGGUAAGAAGUAUGUCUACCUUUCUAUGGGCUUAGAUUUCGCCUAUUGGCAGUCGCAACUCGUCAAGUCCUGGGGAGCUCAAGGGCCAGCGAAGACCGUCUACGAUAGCUUUAAGGCAGCCGCUGGAGCGUCCUCAGCACCAUCCCUCCUGGAGGCUGCCUUUUCAAGGGAGAAAAGGGCACCACAGGGAAGAUGGGCUCACGGAUGCGACGCUCUAAUAGCUGCUCGAACCAAAAAUGCAAUUGGGACUGUCUAGAAGCCGACAGCUGUCCUUUUCAGUGCUGUGAAAACGAUUUAUUCCGACGCGAGCAUGGACCAAAUGGAUUCUACAUCUUCAAUUCUCAACAAUCACAGCUGAUGUUGAUGCAGAUUAAGAACCCCUUUGUUGCUCCUUCCAGUAGUAAAGAAGACUCGGACUCCAACUACAACAAAGAUCAUCUUCAAGAUGACCGCUAUACGACUUACGAGCAGAUCUGUCGUGGCGCUGGGUACCGAGAUCCCAUGACCGAAUUCGAAGGCGCAUUGGCUCAGUACAAGCAGAAAAGCCAGAACGAAGUCCUGGUUGCGCUCAAGCUUGCCACAAUGCCUGUCUUUUCGUACCUCGUUGCCGGUUUGGGUGUAACCAUAACCCCUUGGGUUUGGUUUGUUGUUGGAGUUGUCUGGUCUUUCGCGGACUGGAUCUUAGCCCACAGCCAACAUUAAGGCUCAACUUUCAUUGGUCAUUGGGGUUCGUUGGUCAUGGUCACUGAGAUCGCAGAGGCGACCCCUUCUUGAGAGAACCAACAGGGGAAAGAAACGAAGGGAAAAGGAGAGAGCUUUGAAGAUGGCCUCUCCCGUCCAGAGUCAGACAUCGACCAAUGGAGUGCUGACCUUUAAGAACGGGCGAAAUUCCAUGAGUGGAUCGGAGAUAUGAAGAUCCAAGACUGGUACGGGACCGGCUUACUGGACAACGGGAUCACGGUAACAAUUAAGGUUUCAUCUGAUGUCCUAAUUAUCCAGUUGUUCGUAUUAAUCGUAGAGCAUCCUGAGAAGGCUUUAGCUUUUUAAUGGGUGGAAAAAAGUGUCAGGACGAUUCUUGUUCGGGAUCAUGGAUUAGAGCGAGCUCUAAAACAACAGCAGAGCUUCGACGUCAUCCUUGGCACUGCAUGUGCAAGUUCAUGUUCGGAUUCGUGUACGUUUUUCUGCCUUCUUUGAUUACGAACCUGGCUGCGUUGUUUGGCAUGUUGGUUUUACAGGGCUUGCUAGGAGCUGGAGCGUCAAAAGAUGCCGCACAUGCCUUCGCAUCGACAGACUUAUCGCUCAAACUGCACGAUCAAGUGUAUUCUGCUCAAAAUUCGAUAUGGGAAAAACUGGGUCAACAUUUACACCAAGCGGCACGGAGUUUGGUGCCGAAUGGGGAAACGCCGUGGUGGGUUAAUUAUGCCUUUAAGUACAUAUUGUCGAGAUUCGAGAUGGGGAAACGCCGUGGUGGGUUAAUUAUUGUCGAGUUCGAGAUAGUUAUUGAAUCGCAAUUCGAAAUGAAACGCCGUGGUGGGUUAAUUAUUGAAUAGCAGAAUUAUGAAUCUACAACUGUACAUUCAGAUUCAGAGUAUCAAACUUCUUAUAUUUGUGCUCAGAAGGCCAAGUCUUAGAUGAAGUGGGAGUGCAACUACUAACAGAAGGUUAUCCUCGACAGUUUCCGACAGCCUAAUGCAGCCUUCGGUGGUCUCAUGUGGCAACUGACCAACGCAAUUGGUUAUUGGCCAAAUAUGGGGCUCAUCUACCUUUUGCAGAAAACCUUGAUGGAAUUGAUGCUGAAAACAGGCGUUUGCAAUAAACCAAGAGGUUUGCCAGUACCACAAGCACAAGGGGUUAAUAUUAUGAGAAAUACUUCAACAAGGAACAACUACGCUACACCGUUACGCGGCUAUAGCGGAGAUGAAAAGGAGCAAGAAGCAGACGCAGCUCUUGCUGAGCAUAUGAGCCACCUUCUAUCGGAAAAGGUGAUCACGAAGUCGCUCAUUUCCGAGGUUUAUCGAACGACAGUUGCGCGGGUUGGCGGACGCAAUCGACUGAGUAAGGCGACGCUGAUCAAAAGCAAUCGGAAAAUGAUGUCGGAGUCCUAUGCCGCAUCGUCAAGACAACGCGAAGUAUCGAAACUCGUGACUCAAAUCCGUGAAGAGAAUCAACAAGACGAGGUAGAGGUCGGUGCUGUAGGUGGAGACGCACAGGUUGCUAGCAGUGCUAGAAAAACUAGAAGCCGGCCACCCAGACCUUCAUCGGGUGGUCCUUCUACAGACACCAGAUCCAGCCCACCCAUGCCGCAGACGCAAGAAGCUAAACAGCGGAGCAGAGAUUUCUCACUGUAACGACGUCACCUUGUUAUGAUCAACUCAUUUCGUGCUACCCUUUUCAUACCUAACAAACUUUCAACUAGAACCUACCAAGAACAUUAGAGAUACAAUCCUUUUCCUUCUAGUAGUAGUACUACUAGUAAUAGCACUAGGUUUUAUCUUCACUCAACAACAACAACAACUCUUACGCAUCGACAAUAUCAUAGCGCAGUAGUUUCCUCGUCACUCCUUUUUAAGACUUCUGACUAUCAAUGAACUUGAGACUCUGACAAGCAUGAUUGAGUUUUUGAAUUGUGGAUGUGGAUGUGCAGCAUGAGAUGAUCAUGGGUUACACCACGAGAGCACCACACCAUGGAUAGCCACUGAGAGUUUGUAAGUACUUACACAGUUUUGUUGUGACAACUUGAACAUGAACAUGAAUCCUGUGAAUAAAGAUUAAGACUCAACAGCCAAAAAUGCAAAGUCACCCUGUGCCAUAGUAAGAAAUAUGUUGAUCGAUCGUAUCAUUUUUGUUUGAUAACGCUGUCCUCGGCGACAACAUUUUGUACACAACAAAAACAAGUACAACAAGACGAAGCAUGACA